AUGGCCUCGAAUCCGGUCGUGCUACCCAGCGACGUCCUCGCAGAGGUCCUCCGGCGCAUCGUGCCGCACACCCUAGCCGCGGCCCGGCUGGUCUGCAGUGCAUGGCGCGACACCGUCGACGCCCGCCUGCGUGGCCACCUGCUCUCGCGCUCGGUGCGCGGGAUCUUCAUCAACUUCACCCGCCUUAGAUUCUCGGAGUUCUUCUCCCGUCCCUCGACGGGCCCGACGAUCUCUGGAGGGCUCGACUUCUUGCCCUGCAUGGGCGUCACCGUCACGUACCACUGCAAUGGCCUAUUGCUUUGCCGGGGUCUGAGACACGAGUGCGACAAUGCACUGCCGUGUGAUUAUGUCAUCAACCCGGCCACGCGUCGGUGGGCGCGUCUACCCCAACGUCCUGGAUCAAACGUGUUGGGAUUCGAUCAAAGUGCCUACCUCGCGUUCGAACCGACCAUGUCAACACACUAUCAGGUACUUUUGGUUCCGUGUGUGCUAGCUGCCGGUGAAUCGCACAGCGAUCAUGAUGAUGCGUUGCUUGAAUCGGAGUGGCCUCCAGAGUUAUACGUCAUCCAUGUGUUCUCAUCGGCGACUCGGCAGUGGGACAAGAGGAUCUUUAUUCGAGAAGGGGAGGCUGCAGGGCUCGUCCGCAACAUGCAUUCGGAUUUGUGGUAUAAUCUAUAUCAUUAUCAUGCCGUCUACUCGCGAAGCACGCUCUACAUCCAAUGCGAGCAUGGCUAUCUCAUGAGAAUGUGUUUGUCAGAUGACACGUACAGAGUAAUUAAACUACCAGGUGUCAGUGAAUUUUCACUAAAAGGAUAUCCUGAGCACCAUUUGGGUAGAUCACUGGGAGGGGUGUAUUGUGCAGUACCUCAUAAGAGGAGUCCGCUUCUUCAGGUUUGGCAUCUCAAUGAAUCGUGCAGUCAAAUAGAGUGGGUGCUAAACCAUGAUACCACUCUUAAGACCUUUGAACAUGAGGACUAUGCUCAACAAAUGGGUAGACAAUGGAUCUUACAGGAUGUUAACUACCGUAAGUCGUUGCCUGAGCAUAAUGAGAAAUAUGAAUGGAACUCCGACGAGGAUAACAUUCUUGACAUUGAAUAUGAUGUUGAAGAGGAUAACGUUCUUGAAGAGGGAUAUGAAGGAAAUUAUUAUUUCCUUGGGUUUCAUCCUUAUAAAGAGAUUGUCUUCUUAAUUUCAUCAAGGAGAAAAACAAGAGUACUGGUAUAUGAUUGCAACAGCUCGAAAUUUCAAGACAUGGGCAAUGUGUGUUCAGCAUAUUACAACCCGGUCUGCGGACUACCAUUUGGGGAGAUGGACUCAGCUUUCCCGUAUACGCCUUGCUGGAUAGGCGAGUUUCCUGGAAAUGAAUUAGAAUCGCUAUUUGAAGAUAAGGAGCUUCGUAGGAAAAAGUCGGAAUUGGAAGAGGAAUCCAACCUUUCAUGCAUGGACGUGUACGGGAUGCGCAAGUUCCAUGGGCGCGCCAAGAGGACCAAGGACUCUGCCACCAAGAUUCAUCACAGAUGGGUAUGGGUCAGCCUGGACGGCACGAGCGGGCUUUCCGGCCCGCUCGUGGCCCGUUUAGGACCGGCCCCUAAAUUCUUAGACACCAGCAGCCGCAGGUUCGAGAAUGCCGCUAGUGAUCCCCUGAUAAUGGUGAAGGAGAAGGGGAAUGAGAAGGGAAAGGGUGCUGGUAAGGAGAAUGCGAAGGCGAAGGCAAAGGAGAAAAGCGUGAAUUACCUAAUUAGACAAGAUUCGGCGUUGCCUCCGCCGGUUCCGAGGAAGAAGAGGAAGCCUAAGGUGCAGAUUAAGAAGGCGAAAGACUUUCCCAAUGCCCCAACGGGAGAGUUGAUUUGUAGGUUAAAAAACACCAUCCACCUCCGAGGCGUCUCCCCGACCGCACCAGUGCCGGCGUGCGUGCCGCGGAAGCCGCUGCCUCUACUAUUGUGGUAG